CGAAGACGCCGAUUGGCUGCCGCGCGACGGCGGCGCGUUAGGGCCUUGUUGGCGCCGAGUUGGGCUUCUGAGUUGGCCGGUUCGAGUCCCUCGUGGGGCAGCAGGUUCCGUGGCGAAAUGGAGGAGCUAAGCCAAGCUCUGGCCUGCAACUUCAGCGUGUCUCAGGACCUCAAUAGCACGGUGGCCCCCCACCCCCGCCUGGGGCAGUACAAGGCCAAGUACAGCUCCUUGGAGCAGGCCGAGAGAAGGCGCCGCCUCCUGGAACUUCAGAAAACCAAGCGAUUGGAUUACGUGAACCACGCAAGGAGAUUGGCAGAGGAUGACUGGACGGGGAUGGAUGGAAAGGAGGAAGAGGAGGCGGCCGAGGAGGACGUCGAAGGCAUGGAGGUCGAAGUGAGGAAGAAGCUGCCAAAGCGUUACGCCAACCAGCUGAUGCUGUCCGAAUGGCUGAUCGACGUCCCUCCGGAUCUGGCGCAACAGUGGAUCCUGGUGGUCUGCCCUGUGGGGAAGAGAGCCCUUGUCGUGGCCUCAAGGGGUUCCACUGCGGCUUACACCAAAAGCGGCUACUGCGUCAACCGGUUCCCGUCCCUUUUACCCGGGGGGAACCAUCGCAAUUCAUUAGCGGGGAAAGACUACACAAUCCUGGACUGCAUCUACAACGAGGCCCAGCAGACGUACUACGUCCUGGACGUGAUGUGUUGGCGGGGACACCCCGUCUACGACUGCCAGACAGAUUUCAGGUUUUACUGGCUUCGUUCCAAAAUGGAGGAGCAAGAGGGUCUGGAAGAGAAAAGUCGGCUGAAUCCGUUUAAGUUCGUGAGCCUGCAGAAUUACUCCUGCACCAACGAAAGCCUGUGUGAAGUUCUGGCCACAGAUUUCCCCUUUGAGGUAGACGGGCUCCUCUUCUACCACAAACAAACCCACUACAACCCCGGGUGCACCCCAUUAGUCGGGUGGCUCCGACCCUACAUGGUAUCAGACAUCCUGGGGAUAUCGGUGCCGGCCGGGCCGCUGACAACCAAACCGGACUAUGCCGGCCAUCAGCUGCAACAGAUCAUCGACCACAAAAGAAGUAAAAAACAGAGGGGGACGGAAGAUUCCUCCGACGGCGACCAGGCCAACACCGACGGGCGAUACGAGUUUGAGCACUUAUCCACGCCGAAGCCAGAAGGUUCUUUCUCCGGCUCGGGCGACCCUGCGAGUAAUAUGGAAAACUAACACCGCGGUGCGAGGGUGUUCUCUCGAGGGUCUCAGAAUGCCCCGACGGAGUCCCCAUCAUUGCACACGGAGGCUCGGCUCGAUGCAGAAGUUAACUUGUGUAAAGUCGGCACCCCGCUUUCACGGACGCGGUUUAUUACUCGGUCAGAGCCCGAGCGUCACAUCUUAAAAGGCAAGGGUUGUGUGUGUGUACAAAGCAUCGCAGCACACCUGGGCUCCGCCUUAGCCUAGGGCCUCCCGGUAAAUCGUACAUGCAGCUCUGAGAUCUGUGGAAAUUUGAGUUUUGGGUUUCGUGGGAAAGUCGGCUCCGGGUUCUGGAGUUUUUAAGGGAGGUGUCUGUAAAGAGAAUCCCCUUGUGUUUUGUUGAGAGAGCUCCUUCGUGUCACCACGCCGGCAAGAAGGCCCCGAAAGCGUCACAUGUGAUCGCGAGGCCCCUUUCUUCACCUCAGCGAAGGCGUUCGUCAUGUGUUUCUCCCGUAUUUGAACGGGCACUUCUGUACGUUAAAAAAAAGAUGUGCUUUCCUAACAUACAGGUUUUUGUUGGUCUGAAUAAAGAGCUAU